AUGGAAAAUUGUAUCCCUGGUUUUGUAGAGAAAAAGGCAUGUGUCACAAAUCUGCUUGAAACAAUGGACUUUUUGACCGCGAACAUGGCCAGAAAACUACCAGUUGAUGUCGUAUUCCUGGAUUUUGCCAAAGCAUUAGACAAAGUACAACAUCAACGGUUGCUCUAUAAACUAAAAAUGUAUGGAAUCAAAGAAAAUUUUCUUAAUUGGAUUAAAGCUUUUCUAACCAACAGAUCUCAACGAGUUAUCCUUGGUAACACUCAGUCGAAUUGGUUACCAGUGUCUAGUGGUGUUCCCGUUGUCAAUACACUUGCAGCUCAGCUUCAAUUGCAAUCAGACAUUGAUGAAAUUGUUCUUUGGAGCAAGUCUUGGCUCAUGGAGUUAAACGUAAAAAAAUGCAAAGUCAUGCAGCUUAGUCAAAAAAAUUCAAUUCCCUUCGAGUACUCAAUGGAAGAAACUGGCUCUAAUUCGAUAGUAACGCAAACAAAUUUGGAAAAAACCACCUCUGAACGUGACUUGGGAAUCCAAAUUACUAAUGAUCUCAAAGUGGAAAGCCAAUCCAUCAUCGCAUCAUGUAAAGCAAACCAAAUGCCUGGUAUUUUAAAACAUACCUUCGAAUGUCGUGAUGCUUCUCUGUGGAAACAACUAUACUCCACCUAUGUCCGUCCUCUACUUGAAAUUGCUAUAUCAGCUUGGAACCCUCAUUUGGUGAAAGACGAACAAGUUAUUGAGAAAAUACAACACAGAGCCACAAAGCGCACAAAUUGA